AUGUGCUUUACCUGGCUCUUCCUUCUUCCCAGAGUUUGGGCGGCUUGGCAUUCACUGGAAGUUUUCUUCCUCUUCUCCAUGGUGCAUGUGGUUACUAGAGAUGAGCAAUUGGUGUGGAGCAUUCACACUAACCCUGUAGGGAGGGUCGGAUUGUUACGUACACAGGAUGAUGAAUAUCAGACUCAAGCCAGUGAUAAAGUUGGACCAGCUCCAUCAAUAGGCUUCAACUUCAACCCUGAGAAACCUGUUACUGGUGACACUACCAAACAUGCUCCGAGUCCAACAUUUAUACAGAUUAUUUACCAUCCUCAAAGUGGUAGCAAGGAACCAGUAACAAUUCUGCUUAACACAAGUAUCUCUUCAGCUCAUCAACACAGCCCUCAAACUGAACAUGAAUCCACUUUGGCCAUCAAACCAUGGGUGCUAUUCCACACGCGUUCUGACUUUGAAUAUGCAGAAACAGCAAUUAAAGGAUUACUGGGUAAAGAGAUAGUAAACACACAACUUCAUGGGGUACAUAAUGGAUGGGCAGAGAGUACUAACAUAACAUUCCAGAAUUAUCCAGACAUGGAGCAAACAUUACAAGUAGCACGCACACACUAUGUCCAGUUCCAAGAAGGUAGUGUUUCUGCAAAUUAUCUAGGGGAAAUGUUCAACUUCAACUUCAAGUACCGUGAUCCAUGGAAGAUUUAUUGCAACUGGAUCACAGACAAAACGCUGGCGCCUCUCAUCUAUUGGUACCCCUACCAUAAAUACCACUGUCAGCAAAACGGUAGGAUAGUUUUGAAGGAACACAUAUACAAUGAAUUUAAUUUGGCCAGUAUAUGGUGGCAUAUACAGGUUUCUUUUCCACAAGAUGAAAAUCCGCCGCAUUGUUUCCUACCAAUAUCACUUUGGCUUGACAAAAGAAAUAUCGCGAAGCAGGUCAAGAAGCACCCUAUUAUCAUUUGUCCACUAUUUCUACCACACAAGGUGAGGAACGCGUCAGGAAAUGGAGAGGGUGUUCUGGUAGGCUACAUGCCUAUUCCUCAAGAUCCGGCCAAUCCAUCUGAUAGAAAUGCACCUGAGACUGUCUAA